CGGAUUCUUUCCAUCGUUUCUAAAUCACAAAACACAAUGGUUGAUCGACUUGUGAAUAGUGAAGUGAAUUCCCGUCGAAUGGCUAACGUAGAACAAUGCUUUGGAAAAAUGGGAGAACAAUUGUCGGUAUUCGGACGAGUUCUUGUCGGAGAAGGUGUUCUUGUGAAAAUGUGCCGAAAGAAACCGAAGCAACGGCAAUUCUUCUUGUUCAAUGAUAUUCUUGUAUAUGGAAACAUUGUGAUUUCGAAAAAGCGAUAUAAUAAGCAAAGAAUUCUAAGAUUGGAAGGUGUACAAGUAGAAGAUCUGGAAGACGAUGGAAUUGAGAAACAUGGAUGGAUUAUUAAGACACCUGCAAAAUCGUUUGCAGUUUAUGCAGCAACUGAAACUGAAAAACGAGAAUGGAUGUUGCAUAUUGAGAGAUGCGUUACAGAUCUCCUUGAAAGAGGAAAUAAGCAAGCCGCGACUGCUCACGCAGCUGUAUGGGUUCCCGAUGGUGAAGCAGUGAAGUGUAUGGUCUGCGGGAAAACUCAAUUCAAUCUGGUUCAAAGAAGACAUCACUGCAGAAAUUGUGGACGUGUCGUGUGUGGCGCCUGCUCAUCGAGAACAUUCCGUAUUGACAAUGUACAUAAGAAGCCUGUCCGAGUUUGUGAUCAUUGCUUUGACAGUCUGAGUAGUGCCACACCAGGACAAGAAGAAAGUGAACCAAAAACGGGAAAUCGCUUGCACCAUGAGGAUUCCUCCUCGGAUAGUGAAGACGAGGUCAAUGGUAGUGGACGAUCGAGUAAUGAGAGCCGGCCAACAUUCUACCGUGAGGACGUUCAGCAGCCGGCAACAUAGUUCAACGCAUAUAAACUACGAUGAAAAUUCUAAAAUCCACGUCCUCAUUCCUACUACUAAAUUAAUAUUAUAUUUUCUUAAACGUUCCUGUGAUAUACAGCAAUUGUACGUAUUUUUUUUUGUUGCUUCCAACGACUUUUACAAUUCCUGAAAAAAAGUUAUUUC